AUGGCAUGCUGCGCAGAGCACCAGGCGGGUAAGCCCUUUCCUACUGAAGCUGGCAAGGAGCUCACCACAGUCUACGCAACCGAUCCCAGCAUCACCCCGGAAGCUCUGAAAACCAUUCUGGAAAGGGACGGGGCGGUGAUUGUGAAGAACCUCGUGUCCAGGGAAUUAUGCCAGCAAAUUCGAGCAGACCUCAAGUCGUCCUUUGACACGGAUCGCGUGGACCCGUCCGGCUUCUUCCCCACGACAACUAAGCGUGCGUACAGCAUCUUGGCCAAAUCCGACGCCUGCGCUGAGCUCGCUGUCAAUCCGCUCUUCCUUGGCGUCGUAAACCAGAUGCUCACGAGCCGGUACACGUACUGGGAAGGCCAGAAGCAGCUGCAUGUGACUGGGAAGCCGCAAAUCACAACCAUGGUUGGGUUUCGCGUCGAGCCUGGCGGCACCCAGCAGUCGAUGCACAGAGACGACGCCGACUAUCAUACCCGCAACUGCGACAUGCCUGUCAUGAUGGGCUGUGUGACGGCGUUGACAAAGACGACCAAGGAGAAUGGCGCAACCAUCAUUAUCCCGAAAAGCCAUCUUUGGGGCCCGGACCGCUGCCCUCUUGAUGAAGAGGCCCUUCCUGCCGAGUUGGAGAUUGGCGAUGCCGCCAUCUUCCUGGGCAACGUCUACCACGCGGGCGGCGCAAACGUGACCGCCGACGAGGCCCGCGAGACCAUUGGUCUCUUCAUGUGUAAAGGAACGCUUCGCCAGGAGGAAAACCAAUAUUUGGAAUUGCCUCCUGAUGUGGCAAAGGAGCGUAACUUUUCCCCGCAGCUGCUUAGGCUUCUUGGAUAUGGGAUUCUGCCACCAGCAUUGGGCUUGUACAAGUAUCAGGACCCGAUGAAGGUGAUUUUCGGCGUCAACGAUGCCGAAACGGUAAAUAAAUAG